AUGUGUUCAGCUGAGAGUCUGUGUGAGUUCAUCAGUGAACGACUGACUGCUGCCGCUGAAGACAUAUUUGUAGUUUUUAAAAGAAUCGUCAUCGAGAACGAGGAAGAGAUUGCUCGUCAGCGCAGACUCCUGGAUAUCAUCUGGAAACCUCAUAUCUACUUACACAGAAUAGAUGGGCUAAAGCCAAAUGUCUGCAAGGAGGAGGAGGUUGCUGAACAGCAGCUGUGCUACCAGGAGGGGAACUUCAACUUGGAUCAAGAAGAACCUGAGCCUCCACCAGUGAAAGAGGAACAGGACAGUCCCUGCAGUCAGGAGGAGGGGGAGCAGCUGGAACAGAAGCAGGAGACCAACACGCUCAUCUUUCCUCCAACUCUUGAAGAAAGUGGCCAAAGUAAAUCACAACGACAAAAUGAACAGCAGCUCCUUUCUCACAUCACUCAUGUUGCUGAGAUUCAAGAUCUCAAUGGAAGUGAGCACAGAGACUCAGGAUCAAUGAGAAAAUCAGAUCUCACACCAAAGAACAAACUUCAAGAAAGCACUCUAAAAACCAAACAAUCAGAGAUGUAUUCAGAAAGUCAUCCUCUCAAAGAAUUAGAGACACAUGAGCGUGUCCACACAGGUAAGAAGACACAUACCUGUCAGAGCUGUGGGAAAAUAUUCAGUUACCUGUCGGGACUGAAACAGCACAUGAGAACACACACAGGAGAGAAGCCUUACUCUUGUAGAACGUGUGGAAAAGGUUUCAGUUUCAGCCAGGCAUUGAAAGUCCACAUGAGAAUACACACAGGUGAGAGGCCACACUGCUGCAGCACCUGUGGAAAAAGAUUCACUAAUUUAUCACGUUUAAAAGAUCAUGUUAGAAUUCACACGGAUGAAAAGCCGUUCACUUGCAGAACCUGUGGAAAAUCUUUCCGACUUAGCAGUGGAUUGAAAAGCCACAUGAGAGUACACACAGGUGAGAGGCCACACUCCUGCAGCACCUGUGGAAAAAGAUUCUCUCUUAAAUCACAUUUGAACAAUCACGUUAGAAUUCACACAGAUGAAAAGCCGUUCACUUGCAGAACAUGUGGCAGAGCUUUCAGACAUAACAUUACACUGCAAAAACAUGUGAGAGGCACGCACACAGGUGAGAGGCCACACUCCUGCAGCACCUGUGGAAAAAGAUUCUUUCUAAGAUCAGGCAACCUCUUUGAGAAAUUCCAGUCUGGUCACAGCACUGAGACGGCCCUCCUCAAGGUAACCACUCCUCCUCUACCUCUACCCUUACCUGUGGUGUACCACAAGGUUCGGUUUUAG